UUUGAGCCCCGCCCACCUGGUAUAAAAAGGCGAGGGGCGCGCGCGUGCGCGUCUGAUGGUGCAAAGCGGGAAUGGACGUCUUGGGCGGAAAUCACAGGCACGAGGCUCCCUGGAAGAGGAUGUCUAAAGAGGAGCUGGAUAACCAGUACUCCCCCAGCAGAUGGGUCGUCCGACUGGGAGCAGAGGAGGCCAUGAGGACCUAUUCACAGAUAGGAAGCGAAGCCGGCAUCUGCGCCAUUUCAUUGGUGAAGAAGGGGAGUGUGAUGAUGGGCCAGAUAGUCACCAAGAGGGCCCGGGCCACCGGGAGGAGCCUGAUUGAUGUCCCCUACGGAGAGGGCGAAGGAGAGAAAUUGGACAUCUACCUUCCCGAGGCAGUAUCUGAAGCCAUGCCUUUCCUGGUGUUUUUUCAUGGAGGAUACUGGCAGAGCGGAAGUAAAGACACGUCAGCCUUCAUGGUCAGCCCACUGACAUCACAGGGAGUGGCCGUGGUGAUAGUGGCUUAUGACAUUGCUCCCAAAGCUCCUGUCCUCUGCACAGGCACCCUGGACCAGAUGGUAGACCAGGUGACCCAGAGCAUCGUUUUUGUCCAGAAGCGGUAUCCAGGCAACCAGGGAAUCUACCUGUGUGGACACUCUGCUGGGGCCCAGCUCGCUGCCAUGAUGCUCCUGGCCAACUGGAUCAAGCAUGGAGUCACGCCCAACCUCAAAGGCUUCUUCCUGCUGAGCGGGGUCUACGACCUGGAGCCCAUCAUGCACACCUCUGAGAAUGCCCCCCUCCUCCCGACCCUGGAGGAUGCUCAGAGGAACAGCCCGCUAUGGCACCUGGAGACGGCCCCCACCCAGCCCGCGGAUCCAGCCUGCCGCAUCCUGGUGAUUGUCGGCCAGCACGACAGCCCAGAAUUCCGCCGACAGUCCAGGGAGUUUCAUCAGACGUUGUGCCAAGGAGGGUGGAAAGCCUCCUUUGCAGAGCUCCACGAUGUGGACCACUUUGAAAUCCUUUGGAAUCUAACCCAGGAGGACUAUGUGCUCACCCAGAUUAUCUUGAAAACAAUCUUCCAGGAGUCCUAAUGACACCUGAACCCUGCCGCCGCCGGCAUGUAUCCCGACUGGGAAGCUUCUCCGAGAGCCCCACUGCUUCCCUCUCCUGCUGGCCUCAGCUCUACCCAGCAGCGCCUCUGUUUGUUCACUCGCCCCCCGGCCAGAAUCCAUUCUUCUCGCUGCUCUGAACCUGAGUACAGAUCUCCAUGGCCCGCCCCCCGCCUGGAUCGAGUGGGCUCCAGGGAAGGUCUGGCCCAGGUCCAUGCUGGGUGUGUUGCCCAGAGCUGCCCCGCUGGCUGAGAAGGUGAAGCAAAAAGGACAACUCGCAACCAACACUAAGAGAAAGAGCUCCCUAAACCAGUCUUUGUUCCUUUUUUGUUUAUUUUUUUGCCAAACCACACGGCCUGUGGGAUCUCAGUCCCCAGACCAGGGAUUAAACCACAACACCCCCUGCACUGGGAGUGUGCAAUCUUAACCACUGGACUGCCCAGUGGUUAAGGGAAGUCCCUGCCCCCCCCCCCCUUUUUUUUUUGCUCCACUUUUUCAUGUCUGCUCAGUCCUGGGCUCCACCUGACGUCUGGCUUCAUCCCAGAAAGCCCUGGGAUGUUAUCCUCGGGACUAACACUUUGACCGGAUUAGCCCUGGUGGCUCGGUGGUAAAGAAUCUGCCUGCCAGUGCAGGAGGCAUGGGUUUGAUCCCUGAUGCAGGAAGAUCCCACAUGCGGUGGAAAAGCUAAGCCCGUGAGCCACAGCUAUUGAGCCUGUGCUCUGGAGCCCGGCAGCCACAGCUGCUGAGCUCACAGGCUACGACUACCGAAGCCUGCAUGCCAUAGAGCCUGUGCUCCACAAGAGUGGCCACUGCGCUGAGGCCCUCACGCCACAGCUGGAGGGUAGCCCCCACUUGCCACCACUGGAGAAGAGCCUGCACUGCCAUGAAGACCCAGCAGAGCCAAAAAUAAAUAAGUAAAAUAAAAACCCAAGUAAGCUACGAGGAUUUGUUGUACAGCGCAGGGGAAAUAGCUGAUAUAACAACUAUAUAUGGAGUAUAAUGUUUAAAAAUUGUAAAUCAGUAUGUUUGUAUACAUUGAAAGUUAAUUUAUGUAAUAAAUUAAUAUAAAUAAAUAUAUAUAGAAUAUAUAUAAUAAAUAAUUAUCAGCCAUGCCUCAAUAAAAUCUCAAUAAAUGGUUCUGAUUAGAAAAUAUGUACAUAUGUGUGUAUAUGAGUAAGUGUGUGUGUGUGUGUGUUAUAAAGAGAGAAAGGAAGAGAGUGAGAAUGAUAAUACGUAUCGGCAAAAUGUAAACAAUAUCUGAGUAAAGGGUACAUGAUUAUUCCUUGUACUAUUAUUGCAACUUUAAAAUGAUAAAAAUAAAAGUCACCAAAAAGUGGAAUUUCCCUGAUGGUCCAGUGGCUAAGACUCCACACUCCCAGUGCAGGGGGCCCAGGUCUGAUCCCCGGUCAGGGAACUAAAUCCUACAUGACUCAACUAAGAGAUCCUACAUGCCACAGCUAAGACCUGGUGCAACCAAAUAUAUAAGUAAAAUAAAUAAUUUUUAAAAUUUAGAUGUUAAAAAAUGGACCCCAGACAUAGGAGGUUGGUGACAAUAAUGUCAAAGGCGCAAAAUGGUAGAAGCUGGUUUUGAUCAAAUUUGAUACAGCCAAAAGCUGAUCCAUGAAUUUGAACUUUUGUUACAAAAUCCUACAGAAAUUGUUAAUGGAUAAAGUUUCAGUUGCGGAAGAUGAAAGAAAAUGUUCUGGAGAUGGAUGGUGGUGAUGGUUGCAUAGCAAAGUGAAUGUACUUAAUGCCACUGAGCUGAACACUUAAAAAUGGUUGAAAUGGUGGUGAUUGUUUUGUAAUGAGUUAGAGCAUUGAGUCAAUAUGGUGUGCAGCUGGAACAA